AAACAGAUACUUUUCGUUUUCCAUUUCUUCCCGUUUGAGAAUUGUAAUUCAAGAAAUUAACAAUUCGCAACUCUCAAUCUCUCGUUAGCAAUGUCUUCAUCCUCCAAAUUUGAAGUAUUCCUUAGUUUCUGCAGCGAAGACCCCUCAAAAACUUUUGUCUCUGUUCUGGACCGUUGGUUGGAACAAAAAGACAUUACCACCAAUUUCAAAGAUGACUCGUUUCUGGCAGAGGAGUCAAAACUCGCGGUUGUUGUAGUCUCAGAGAGCUAUCCAAUCUCUGUUUUGUGCCUCAAUCAGCUCGAGAAGAUCGUAAACUCUCACAGCGAAGGUAGACUUUCCAUCCUCCCCAUUUUCUACGGAGUUGAUCCUUAUAAUGUUAGAAAACAGACUGGAUAUCUCGCGGAACCCUUUCAAGAGCUUGGUGAAGGAUAUCCAGAUGACAAGAUUCAAGAAUGGAGGGUUUCUCUCACUAAACUCACCAACAUACCUGCCCUGGAUUCACGAUAUUGGAGCAACGAAGCGGACAUGAUUGAGUUAAUUGCAAAUGAAAUCUUGAGUAUCUCGAAUAGAAAGCCAUUAACAGCCAAAGGUGAUGGACUGGUUGGUAUGGAUCGUCAGAUGCAAACACUCUACAAAUUGCUGGAUUUCAAAGCUGCUGAAGAAGUUCGUUUGAUAGGAAUUUGGGGUCCAGGAGGCAUUGGCAAGACGACGCUAGCGAGGUACGCUUAUGAAGAAAUAUCUAGCAACUUCAAAGUUCAUGUGUUUGUAGACAAGGCUGAAAAGAUUUGUCACCAAGACCGGGAUCUGUUAAAGUUGUUAACAGAAAAAGGUACAACACAGGGUUUAGAUGUGGGGAUUGAUAAAAUCAAAUCAACAUUUGGACACCGAAAAGGUCUGAUCGUGAUUGAUUGCGUUGAUAACAUCAAACAGUUAAAGGAGAUAGUAUACCUUGCUCACUGGUUUAUUCCAGGAAGUAGAGUGAUCUUUGUUACACAGGACAGGAACCUGUUAGUUGAGUCUGGUGUGGAGCAUGCUUAUGAAGUUCAGUCUCUGAGAUACGACGAAGCUCUUCAACUAUUUUCUCACUCUGCUUUUGACCAGCAACACCCUCCCACUAGUUUUGAAUCACUAUCCCUUCGCGCUGUCCAUAUAUCGGGUUUCCUUCCUCUGACACUUAAAAUCCUCGGGUCUUCUCUACGAGGCAAGGAUGAAGAGCGUUGGGAGAAGGAACUGCAACAACUGGAGGGAGACCAAGAGAAAGCUAUUAUGGAAAUCACGAGCAAGAGAUACACAAGAGCAGGAAAAAAAGAAGAAGAUAAAGAGAAAAUCACAUCAUUUAUUCUCUUGAGUGAUGAUUAAUAAGUGAAUGAAUCACUCAAGAAGAUAUUAAAAAAGUGAUGAUCUGUUAAUGUCAACAAGUUGUAGAUCUGUUGUCAUUAAUGUAUAAUAUGACAUUAUCACUGAUGAACAUUGCGGUUUAUCUGAGAUUUUCUUAUUUUCACCUAAG